GCAAAGGGUCUUUCAGAAACCCCCAAAGAGAAUCAAAAGCUACUUCUUGCAGUGAGAACCGUGGAUGUAGAUGCUUUGCAAGCCAGAUUUACAGACUCCAACCAUAAAAGAUAUGCUUAAAACUUACCAUAACUCCAAACUCUGUUCAAACCAGUGUGGUUCUAGCCUUAUGCAAACAAUCGACGCACCUUUACCUCUGGUAUGGUCCCUUAUCAGGCGCUUUGAGAACCCACAAGGUUACAAACUUUUUGUCAAGAAGUGCACCAUGGUUGCCGGAGAUGGUGGCAUUGGAAGUGUACGUGAGGUGAUGGUCACAUCCGGGUUACCGGCUGGUGUUAGUGUGGAGAGGUUAGACAAGCUUGAUGAUGAGAAACAUGUUUUAAAGUUUAGCAUCAUUGGCGGUGAUCACAGGCUUGUGAAUUACAGUUCCACGAUUACUUUGCAUGAAGAAGAAGAGAAAUAUGGGGGGAGGACGGUGGCGAUUGAGUCGUACGUGGUGGAUGUUCCGGCAGGAAGUAGUGAGGAAGACACGUGCUGCUUUGCGAAUACCAUCAUAGCUUGCAAUCUUAGGUCCUUGGCUAAGAUCACAGAACAAAUGGUUCGUAAGGCUAAGUAAAAAUAGCGUAAAACUAUUUGCUUGACGUGUGUGCUAUGUUUUGCUUAUGUGACUUAUUAAUAAAGGAAAAGUUCGAUUGAGAAGCUUGGCUAAUAUAAGAGAAGUUUGAAAGUUCAAUCAGCAAAGGAGAAGCUCGACUAAAAAGCUCAGCCUGCAUACUAGCAACGUCAACCACCAAAGCUUAUUUCGUUUACAACUAUAGAUUUAGAAGAUUGAACUUUCGUAAAAGAGAAGGAAGAAAGAGAAAACAUUAUAAAGUGUCAGCUGGCUAUGGCUACAUUUACGAGGGUCUCAAGCUUCUCUUCUACUAACAAAUCAUGUAAGCAAAAACAACACUCGUCAUGUAAACAGUAUCACAAUGUACACUCUUUCAUUAAUAAUGUAAAAGCUGUCAUGAAAAAGAAUUAAA